UACUGACGGAGUCACGUGACAAAAACACAAGCGCGAACUAUUUGAUUUCGGACUAUUUUAGUGAAUCUGCAGUCAUAUAACAUGCCUCCACAACUCAGUUAAGAAUUUAACACGCCUUAUUAAUGCAUAUUCUGUAUUUUCUCUCUUACGCUUUACAAGAAUGGCGAGGUUUUGUUAUGAUAUAGUCGCUCCGCUACAGUUAGCGAGCGUAGCUAAUGCUAGCUAAUGCCUGCUAAUGCUAUUGUAUCCCAGUCACCAUGGGAACCAGCGUCCGAACGUUAGCAAUGCAGCGGCACCUGCAAGCUAGCUAACCAAGCUAGCGUUAACGUGAUAUUUAGCUAGGUUAACUAGCAAAUGAGGACAAAACACUGAACGUUGCCCUUUAAAAUGAAACGAGCAAGCGAGUCCUAUAGACCUAUGGAGAGACAGAGGGCCUCCAGACAAGUGUUAAGGGCAGGUUCCCCUGCACUGGGAAACCGCAGGAGAUGUUUACCCUCGUCAUACCCCAAGUCAGCAAGUCACUGGGAUUUGACUAUAGAGAGUGAAGAUGUAGCAAAGGAUGCUCUCAGUGAUAAUGAUGAAAGAAAAUGCGCUGGAACGAGAUACAUUACAGAAGACCUGAUUAAGAAGCUAACUAAACAAGAUAAUUUAUCCCUUGUGCAGUCAUUGAACCUGUCCAGUACUCGUGGAGAUAAAUAUAUCAGGUACAUUGAGAAUUUGGACAAAUGUGAUCGUCUUCAGGUCCUCAACCUCAGUUACAACAGCAUUGAAAAAAUUGAGAAACUUGAGAAGCUUCACAAGUUACGAGAGCUGUAUUUUUCAAAUAAUCAGAUACGAAAAAUUGAAGGCCUUGAGCACAUGGCAUGCCUUCAGAUCCUGAAUCUGUCAAGUAAUAGCAUUGAACAAAUUCCUCUUUGGCUGGCAAAGAAGCUCAGAUCACUGAAGUCACUGAAUCUACAGAACAACAGGAUAUUUUCGCUUCAUGAGCUGUCCAAACUGAAGCUCCUUAAAAACCUAACCGAGCUGAUGUUAGCAGACAACCCUGUAUCUGAACUGGCACACUACCGCCUCUUCUUAAUCUUUCAUCUGAGAUCACUAGAGCUGCUGGAUGGAGAGCAAAUUAGCCAGCAUGAGAGGGAGCAAGCUCACCAGCGCUUUUACACUGAAGAAUUAGAGCGUCUGGAGCAAGAGCUGGAGAAAAGAGGGGCAGAGAUGGAGCAGCUUCAGAGGGAGAAAACAUCAGCUCUGGAGGAACUGGAACAGCAGGAGAAGCUUCAGAAGAGCCUGUGGGAGCAGAGUGAGGAGCAACAGCAGCAUCAGGAGGAGCUGGAGAGGGAGCUGGACACUAAGUCUAAACUGCCUCCACUUCCUGCUCUACUGCUGGACUCUUUCUGCCAGCUUAAGCAGAAGACCACCGAGCUGACCCGGGCGUGUCAGAAGCAGUACGAGCUGGAGCAAGAGUUGGCCUUUCAUAAGAUAGAUGCCAAGUUUGAGCCACUUCCAUUUUAUCCAAGUCAUGAUUUGGAGGAGGAGCCUGUGCCAAAUGAGAGUCCCUACAUUGGAAAGGCCUUUCACAAGAGGAGCAUGCUCUCACAAGAUGCCAUAGACACAGGGGGCAGAUGCUUGACCACAGGAGGUUUCACACAAGCAGACAGCCCAGAUCAAGAUAUGUACAGACAUGCCCUGGAGAAAGCUGAAGAGCAGCUACAGCAGUUGCAUAAGGAGAUAGAGCGCACAGAGCAACAAAUCGUACGUGCCAGUGAAGAGCUACGCCAACUAGAAGAGGCAGCAUCUCAGAAAAAGAUUUCGGAGGCAGAAAAGGAGAAUUUGAGGCAGCAGCUGCGAGGGAAGAUACAGAGGCUGGGUGAGCUGCGGCAGGAGGCCGAGGUCUUGGAGAAGCAGCUGGACAGGCAAGGUGCUGAGCUGGGCCAGACUCAGGGGGAGCAGGAACAGCUGCAGGGCUUACUGCACACCCUGGAACCAGAAGACCCCAGACAUACUCAUGUAAAGGCUCAAUUGGCCAGUAAAAAUCAGUUGCUGGCCAUCAUGAGCAGGAAGCACCGUGAGCUGGAGGGCCGGCUCGAUGAUAUGCUCAUGCGCAUUACCAAGGAGACACAGGAAAUCAAAGAUUUGGAGCAGCAGCUUACAGAGGGGCAGAUAGCAGCUAACGAGGCCCUGAAACAGGAUCUAGAGGGAAUCGUCUCAGGACUACAGGACUACCUGAACGGGGUGAAGAAUGAGGCCAGACAAGCUCAGUCUGCCUGCCUGCGCCUGCAGAGGGACAAAGAUGCUCUAGAGCGUCAACUACAGGACAAAGACCAACAACUCAAUCAACUGCAGCAAGAAGCUUUACAGAUUAGUGAAAGCACUAAAGAGGAGUUACUGCAGCACCAGGAUGAGCUGGAGGAUCUAAGGAGGGAGAAUGUGGAGCUGAGGCAAACUCAGAGCCAGGUCAGCACCUACAAAGCCAAAUUGGAGGCUCAGGUUCAGGAAAGAGACACUGAGGCCGACCAGCUGAAGAAAGAGUUGGGACGGCUGCAGCGGCUUAGUGAGCAAAAGCACUCAGCACUGCAGGCAGAGCUGCAGAAAGAACGACAGGCUAAAGAAAACGCGAUAUCUCAGCUGGAGCUGGCCACAGAAAGAGAGUUUGAGAGCAACCAGCUCCUACACCAGCUCUCCUCGCUGCAGAGGGAGAAAGGUGAUCUGCUGGAGAAGGUCAAUGUCCUGCAGAGGGACUUGCUACAGGUUAAGAAGGAGCUGCUGUGCCCUAAACAAGUAGCCCAAAGAGUGGAAGAGCUGAAGAGAAACAUAGCCAAAGGACAACAAAGCAACAGGAUGAUUAGGAAUGGAGAUCUGCUGGGUGAGAGUUUGGCUGAACUGCAGGAGGAGCUGCAUCGUACCAUCUCUGCUGCUUUUAGAGACAGAGAUGAGGCUCAGCGUGGUCAGGACAGAUUGGCACAAGAAGUGAGUUCUCUCAGAGACAGGCUCAGGAACUACCAGCAGAAAUACCAGAGUGCACGGGAAGAAGCUGAACAGGCGAGAGCAGCAGAGAGGCGUAAGGAGGAGGAUGAGGUCUUUCGGCUGAGAGAGGAGCUGCAGGAAGCACAGGAGCAGCAGUGUAUGACGUUGCAGUGUCUGCAGGAGGCUGAGAGCGAGAGAGACCGACUCCUUAUUGAGAUGGAAGAGCAAGAAAAGCAGAUGAAGGAUGAUGAGACUCACACCAAGGAUCAGCUGCAGUCUCUGGAUUUGGAGUUACAGGAGCUCAGAAGAUCCUUUACCACUGCAGAUCAAAUGGCUGCUCAUCAACUGAAUGUUGCCAAAGACCAGCUCCGCUCACUCCACAGCACUGUGCAUAAAAUCAGCCAAGAGAGAGCAGAGGAUGCAGAAGAACUUAAGGAAUCAAGAACCGAAGCUGCUAAAGCCAUGCAAGAUCUAACAAGGGCAGAGACGGAAAUCCAGGUUUUGCAGAAGAUGCUUCAGGACAGGGCUCAUGUAAUGAAUCUGGAUGGUCCAAACAUCCAUCAUUCCAGCAUUCAUCAAAAAGAGUUAGCCAGGCUGAAUCGAGCUAUAAAAAGACAACAGACUCAGACCAGACGACUCAGAGAUCAGUUGGCCCAGGCCAAAGAAGAUAAGAGUGGGAAUUUGGAGGAGCUGCUGGAGGAGAUAGAUGCCCUCAGAGAUACCCUGCUUCAGCAGAAUGACUACUUGUCUAGUUUUAUGGAUGCACCCCGCAAUAGAGGUCAUUGGCAUUAUGUUCCACCAUACCAAAAUCCGCCUAGUCUGGGCUCUCAAGGCACUUACGAUUCCGGGCUAGGCUCUCAGAACCUCCCAUCCUCUGACAGAGGCAGACAUGCUACAGGAAAGCACCGCAAAGAGACAAGACGUCCUUCCAACACUGGAUACUGGGUCUACUCCACUGGUCCACAUGACCACCAUACUCAUGGAGGAAGAGAUCCUCCAUAUGGAGUCAGUGAUGGUGAGAGUGAAGAGGAUGGUGUUCGAGGUCCUGGUUUUACUCCUCCCCCAGGCUCAGUCAUUUACACUGUGCCACCAGAUGGCAGCAGCCUCCCUCCAGGCAUGGUCAUCUACGCCCCCCCUCUACCUGGCCUGUCUGUCAUCCCUGGUGCAGUAUUCUAUGGUCCUCCUCCUGAUGGGACCAGGCUGGUGUACGGCCCUCCCCCUAGUGGACUGAACAUUCCUUUGGUACCUAAUGGGACUUUACACUGCAAUGUGCCAGGGCAUCAGGAUUUGGAACGCUCUCUGAGAGUUGCGGAACAUUCUUUACGGGAGCAGAGGUCAAGCAGAGUUGUACUUGAGCAGGAUCUGCACACAUUGGAGGAGCAGAGGUCAGAUCUAGAACAUGACCUUAAAGAGCUGCAGCGCUCUAUGAGUCGACUGCAACGCCACAGGAUGCAUUUACAGAGUUCUGUAAAUCAUACAGAGGAGGAGAGCAUAAUGGAGGAGGUGGAGGGCCUGGAGAAGACCUUGGUGAAACGCAAGACUGAACUCCGGCAGGCACAGCGCCAGCUGCUGGAGGCUGAGGCCGAAUUAAAGGAGACUAGAUCUAAGACUAAGGACACACUACAGAACUGCAGUAAAGCCAAAAGGCGGUUACGAGAGACAGAAGAAGACUUGGAGAACAUUGAACGCCAGACUAAGGGCAGUGCCAAACACCUGGAAGAGACCAAACAGCAGCUCCGGGAACUCCAGGAUGAGAUUAAGGACCUGCAGAAACGUAAGCAGGAGAAACAAAGCGCUCUACAACAGAUUGAAAAAACAAUUGAAGAUCGUGAUGCAGAGUUCCAAGAAAUGAACAGAAAGCUGGAUAAAGCGAGCAGAAAGUUCAGUGAAGUGCAGGAAAAGCUGAGACAGACUCAGAGCAUGGAAGCCCAUCUCCUCCAGAACUGCAGAGAAACAGAGGUCCUUUUAAACCAGCGCAAGAAAGAAUUGGAAACUAUAAACAUGCAGGUUCGACUACAGCAUGAUGAUCUGUCUCUGCUGGGCAGAAAGCUGGAACAGUGGCAGGAGGAGGAGUCUGUGAUGAGAGGCAGUGUGGAGAAGCACAGAAAGGGGCUGGUAGAUGUGCUAAGAGAGGGAGAGCAGGAUGCCAGUGGCCUACAGCAGCGCAUUAAGGAACUGCGUGAAGAUGUGCAAGCCUUGGCUGUGCAGAAGGGAGAGCUGGACUCUCAGCUCUCAGAGAGGAAAAGCCGAUUGGAUCAGUAUAAAAAGGAAGAGCAACAAGAUCAAGAGAAAGUGCAGAAAAUAUGUUCAGUCAUCAACAAGCACAAAACAGAUCUUCAGCAUGUGUUGGACAUGAUUCAGCUGGAGAGUUCAGAGCUGGAGAGGGUGAAGGUUGAGCACAUAAAGAAAGUGGACCAGCUGGAGAAGAGCCAAGAAAGUCUGUGCCAGGUGCGUUUGGAGAUGCAGGCAGUGCAGCAGGAUCUUCAGGAGCAGCAGGAGAGGCAGACAAGGCUCCAGGAGCAGUGCACCCACCUGGAGGCCCGCCGUACACACGCUCAGAGGUGUCUGGAGGCAGCGGAAGAGGGGGCACAGGACGCAGAGGCAGAGCUACUGAAGCUGCAGGUGGAUCUGACCAAGCUAAAGCAGGAGCACAGAGACAGCCACUGCCUCCGGGAAGAGGUCAUCAGAGAUACCACCUCAAUUCAGCGACAGCUUGGGGAGAAGUCUGAAAAGUUGAAUAUGCUAAAAGAGCAGAUCACAGACUCGCAACUUCAGCUAGACGAGAUCAGAAAGGAAGUUGAAGAUUUUCAGCGGGAGAGGGCUGACUUGGUAAAGCAACAGCGAGAGCAGAAGGCUGAGCUGCAGAACAAGACAGAGAAGAUCCAGAGGAGACAGCAGAGAGUAAACAAACUGGAGCAGCAACUUAAGGAGCUGGAGGUGGCCAUCGCCAAGAAGGAAGCUCAACUUCAACAACAGGAAGAGCUCAUGAAUUCUCAGCAGCAGCAGAGUUUAGAGCUGGAGGAGCUGCACAGACAGAAGCAGCAGAAGCUUCAGUCUCAGCUGCAGGCACUAGAGGGAGCGCUGGCCCAGCGUGUGGAGAAGAUGGAGCAGUAUAACACUGCUGUGGAAGAUCUGGAGGAGAAGAGGCGGUGUCUACAGGCUGGACAGCAGCACAGUGCUUUGCUGCAGAGUAGAAUACAACAGCUGGAGGAGGAGCUGGCUGAGAGGGAAGCCAGGCUAAGAGCCAAAACUGAAGAGGUGAGGGAUGUCCGGCAGGAGCUGGAGACCUGCCGCUCUGAUCUCCGGCACCUUCAGGACACUCUGGACACAGAGAGGACGUGCACAGGGAAUCUGCAGCAAGCUGAGAAGGAGCGAGAAAGAUUGCAAAGAGAGCUGGUGGUGGUGGAUCAGGCAGCUCUAGAUAGCCAUGAGAGAGCAAUUGACCUGCAGCUGGAGCUCAACUCCAAAUCCCAGGAGCUGUUUUGCCUCAAAGAUAAGCUAUGGUAUCAGGAAGAGGGAGGGGCUCAUCUGCGAGAGAUAAGGGACACAGUCCGCUCUCUAAGGUCGGAGGUCCGAGCAGAAUUGGACAACAGUAUGAAAGAGUUGGUUCUGCAACCAUUAACACCCUCAGAUACAGAGAGCCAUAAGGAGAACCUGCUUUCUUCUCCACCGACUGUGAGGAAAGCUACGUUCAACCAUAACGAUGAACAGUGGCGAGGAGAAGCACUGAGGGAGAGACUGAGGCAGCAAGAAGAUCAUCUAAAGGCUCAGCUGCGCAGGUCCAUGUUCUCCCAGCAGGAGGCUCUGAGUCUGCGCAGGCAGCAGACAGAAGGCAGCAUUCAGGGCUUACGCAGACGGGUAGAUAAACUUGACCAGCUUUUGGGCAAAUCCAGCCACGGUCAUCUCCACCUGAGCGACUCUGAUAUCCACUCUAAAUUCAGCUCUUUUGCCACAGAAAACUGGAGGCACCAGAGAACCCGGGAGCGUUCCUAUAGUCCUGUUCGGCCAGACCCCACAUUCCCAGAGAAAGACUAAACGCGCUUCCUGAGCCAAGUGCACUAAAGCCAUUUUUCCUGUACUAAAAGAGAAGAGGUUAAGUGCCUCUCAACCUUGAGUGAAGGAGACUGAAGAGAUAGAUGUCCAUCCAGAGAAAAGUUGAGCCUUUGCACUUUUACAUGUGAAUGAGAAGAAUGAAACUAGAGGGGUGAAAAAAGUAUUAGAAAUGAUAUUAACAUGACAUUUCUAUUCUCUCAGGGCCAAAAGGAGAGGCUCAUCUCCUCUUUUACAGAUUUUACUGUUUGUGACAUGUUAUACGAUUUUCUAUUUUAAACAAAGGUUUGUGCCUUAAAACUACAUGAUACAUUGAUACUUAAACUGAGUGUUUCCUGUGAAUUGUGCAUUCAGUAUAUUAUCAUACCUUUUUUUGUACUAUUUCGUACAUAAACCUACUAGCUUGUAUCUAAAAAUAUUUAUUAUAGCACUUGGAAUUUUACACAACACUUUUGCAGUUCUAACUGUGUGCAAUAAAAUAUUUGCCAUUUUCUAUAUAAACAGGACAUCCUUUGUAUUUUUGUAUAUACAGUGCCUUAUUAAAAAAAUCCUCUCUAUGGAUAUUUUUGCAUAUUUCCCAAAAUAAUAUUUUUUUUCCCAACAAGAAUAUACACAAAGAUUUCUGUAAAAUACAGUAUAUACUGUGAAAUAAGUGACUGCAUAAAUAUUAACCCCCUUUUAUUCACACACCCACUUUAUGUCUACUGUUCCCGUCAUAAUUAACAGCAGUUUCAAUGGUCCUAACAUAGAACCCUGUGGGACACUAUAGAAUAUGCUUAAAACCAUUGCAAAGGAACUGAUUAAUAAUAAACUUACACUUGUAAUGGUUAAAAAAGGGUAAAUAAUAUGCAGAAACCUACAUUGCAAUAUAUAUUAUGUAAUAUAUUAAGUAUUACUCUGUAUAAUUUUUCUUUCACUUUAGUAUCAGAUUUUUUUUGUAAAUUCUUGUAAUUGUAUUUUAAAAUAACAUUUUUAAAAUAUGCAAAUAAAAAUAUUUAUAUAAUUUAUUUAUAGGUAUGGGAUAUUUUAAUGCAACACAGUACAAAGACGUAUGAUCUGAGACAGUCUACAGCAUUGUCUUUAUUAACAUAAUUACAAACAAAUGUCACUUACAGAAGACAUACCUCAGAGUUUCAGAGCAGGUUAUAUAUACGCCUUUUUAAAGUUGUCACCAAGACAAAAAGAAAAAAAAGCAAG